UUAAUUCAUUGAACUUUCAUUGCCGUCCAUUACCCGCGCGUCUCACAAUCCGUUAUCAAUAAAAGACCUUGUACCAUAAAGUUUAAUUUUACGGUCUAACACUAGAAGGCAAGGUCAACGGGGGAAACAACCCCUUUUUUUAGGAGGAAAAUCGGCACGUGGCUACACUACGGGCAACCAAAAUAGAAACCUUCAAAGCCCAAAACUGCACUAGCUAUACAUUAUCCAAGGUAUACUCCUGCAAAUUUACCUUGAAAUACUUACAAAUGCGGCUACAUAUAGCCGUAGGAUAUGGGAAGAAGAAUUUGCGUGUACCCUUUAAUAUUGUGUUUGAAGCGUUUGGCACGUGAAGUGGGCCCGAGAGCGGCUUGGUGCAACAAACUUAAAGUGUAAUAUUUUGUGCUUCGGCUACGGUGAAGUGCAACAUUUGUGCCUUGGUCAGGGUGAAGUGCAAUUGUGACAUUUGGUCGUAAUUCAAUUAAACUUCUUCUAGCCAAAUGUAUGUCAUAGCAAAUCUCAUCUUCUGAUGCAAACCAUGUUGCUGUCGAGUUCAAAACACAGCCGUAAGCAAGAAGUUUGAGGGCAAGGCCAGUCAUCGCAACGAGAUUUAUAAGUGACAGCCGUGACCACAAAUCUUCCUUUAAUCAAGAUUUAGAAGGUGUCUGUGAAGGCGGCUGGGCCAUGAGACCUAAGUCACCGUCGUCGAAGAGUCCACCUAUCUCCAUAACACCUUCAUCGUCGGAAGAAGCAUCUGCGCCCGGAAUAGAUGACGAAAAGAAAAGCGAUAUGUUAAACAUCUACCUUUGUAUCGUCGACGCGUUGUUAAGAGCAGCUGAUAUCGAACAAGCGCAUCAGUUUGCACGCAGUGAGCUUGCCCAAAAAUUAAAUCAACGCGAUGCAAUUGAAAGCCAAGACAUUCGGUAUCGACUACUCAAACAUUUUCAAACCCAGGGAAAGGAAGCGAGGGAUGUGGUAGGCCUUUUCCGCCUUCUCGAUGUAGUACUGGACAACAAUAUGGAUCUCGUUGAAAUCACGUGUAGAGAUGAAGAUGGAAGUGAAUGUUUUGAUAACCGGAUUUUCCCAGUCCUUGUGAAUCGUUGCCCGGGUCUUCGGAAACUUCAUCUUCGCUGUGCAAAUGGCAUGGCACAUGAUUGGCCAGAAACACUUGGUGUUUGUGUUAGCCAAUUUAGUUUUCUAACAACCUUACAUUUGGAUAAGGUGCCCAUCCAGUGUAAAACCAUAAUCUACAUAUUGGGAAAGUCCUGCCCGCAAUUAAGAUUUCUUAGACUUGGUUUCGACAAUUUGCCUCUCACCACAGACGAAUUUCUGGUCAUCUUUUAUGCUGGUGAUUUGGAUGUAUUGAAAAACGUUGCUCCAGAUGUUCCAUCAACCGAUUACCUUGAUACUCCGGCAGCAAAUCCACAAAAGGCUUAUCACCAAUGUUUUGUGCCACCCCAUCUCCUGCAUUCGUUUUGCCAAACAUUGGAAGAAAUACGUAUUAAUUAUUUUAAAAGCGACGAUCCAUCGGUUAUCGCAUUCGUACUGCGCCAUCUACCACGUCUGCAAAAACUUGAAACGUCCGACUUUGAGUUCAAAGAUUACAGUGCUAGCAUUCGCGCAUUGUGGGAUAUCCAAGAACGGCCAUGUCAACAAACAGCUACCUCAACCAUUCAAAACGGAAAAGUGUCUUCAUGCUUGACUUCCGAUUCCAUUGUUUUGGCCAAAUAUGACGGGAAGUUGGCUUUGACGAAUCUUUUCGCUGAGGGCGAUAAGGAUUACUUGACGUUUAAGAGCAUUUGCGAUCUAUGUCCCCGUCUACAGAAACUCCAUCUCUUGGAGGCAAGCGUUUGUGACACUAACGGAACUGAAACUACUGAAGUAUCAGAAAUAGCCCAUGACUUCAAAAAAUUAGCUCAGCUGCGCGUUUUAACUUGCACGGAAAGCGACGGUCCAUUAUGCUGUACAAUCACGGAAGCCACUGCAUCGUUCCUGUCUACACUUGAAGUGAUCCUGGACGGCGUUUUCAUUCCAAAGUUUGAUUUUCUUUUAUCGUGCACUAACCUCAAAGUGCUGAAGCUUUCUACCGAGUUUCAUCCACCACUCAAAAGCUACUUUAGUGCAGAAACUAAAAUGAAUUUGAAUGCUGAAAUGUUUUUGCCCAAGCUGGAAGAAGUGCAGCUGGAUUUCUGCAUGAACUCUGAACUCGAAGAACUCUUCCUCACAAAGUCUACACUGAAACAUGUUGACAUUCUAUGCUUACAUCAUUUAGGGCAGACUGACGAACAAUUUUUUGAACUUUUCCUUCAGUGGCCUGAGCUAGUCAGCUUCAAGUAUAAAAUGCCAAGAAAAUUCACUGUUGAUAUGGGCCUGAAAAUUUUGUCGCAUCUUCCAAAGUUGCGCUCUCUUUCCCUUUUCAAAGAUAUUAAAUAUCGCUGUUCUGGUGAUUUCAAUCUACUCAAGAAAACCUGUCGCCAGCGCAACAUUAAACUCGACUUGCAUUUGUUUGUGGACACGUACCUAUGUAUCGAUGGAGACGUCAACGACGAUCGGGUAUCAACCUCAGAUGAAAGCGAAACGGACCCUUAGCGAUGGACACUGCCAUAAUCCGCUAUAUAUA